AUGGGGAACAAUUCAUUACCACCUACUCCUGUCAAGAUUAGAAACCGAGCUAUCACAAAAUUGGCAGAUUGCAAGGCAAAAAUGAGGAUUAAAAGAUCUGGUGCCAGAUGGGAAGUUACUCAGUUUGUCGAGGAGCAUACGCAUGAAUUUGUUGAGAAAUUUGCUCUGAAAAAAUUCUUGAGGUCGCACAACAAAAUUCCAAAAGAAGAGAAGAAGUUCAUUGAUUUGCUAAGUAAUGUAAAUCUCAGUUCGGGAAGGAUUAUGCAAAUCAUGGCGGAAUUAUAUGGAAGCAAGCAGAAUAUACCUUACAGUACUAAAACCAUUAGCAAUUACAGAGCCCAACAUAGUGAAGAGCGGAAAAUCAAAGACAUCCCUGAGUUGUUGAAAUACUUUGAGAAGCUAAAAGAGGAUGAUCCUAGGUUUUAUUAUGACUACAAGCUAGACGAUGACAAUAGGGUUGGGAACAUCUUUUGGGUUGAUGGUGCAGCCAGAGAUGUGUACAAGCUGUACAAUGAUUGCAUAUCGUUUGACACAACCUUCAUGACUAAUCAGUAUAACAUGCCUUGCGCACCAUUCAUUGGAAUCAAUAGAUAUGGUCAGUCCAUACAGCUUGGUUGUGGUUUCCUGAGGAAUGAGAAGGUUGCGAAUUUUGAGUGGCUAUUCCGGACAUUCUUAGUAGCAAUGGAUGGUUUGCACCCUCUGAACAUCAUUACUAACCAGGAUGUAGCUAUGAGGACUGCAAUUGAAAUGGUGUUCCCUGACACCAUUCACCGGAACUGCAGAUGGCAUAUCAUGCAGAAGGUUCAGGAAAAAACUGGUCCUAUGGCAGCCAAAAGAGAAGACUUGAGAAGAGAUUUCAAUGAUGUUAUUGACUAUAGUGUUACUGAAGAAGAAUUUGAAACUAGAUGGGCUGAGAUGAUCCAAAAACAUGAUGUUGUUGAUAAUGAUCAUUUCAAGGACAUCUAUGAUCUAAGGAAAUGUUUUGUUCCUGCUUAUUUCAUGAAGCGCUUUUUCCCAUUCUUUCAAACAACAGCUCGCAGUGAAGGGUUUAAUGCUGUUUUGAAGCAGUACAUAUGCCCACGCGAAAGCCUACUUAAUUUCUUCAAGCAGUAUAUGAAAUUACAAGAGAAGAUUGAUUCUGCUGAGGAUGGGCAUGAUUUCAUGGGAAUGGACAAAGUUGUCAGGUUAUGGGGAGAUUUUCCAAUGGAGGAUCAAAUUUUGCAGACCUACACUCUACCCAUCUACAACAUUUUCCAGCUGGAGUUGCGGAAGAUAACAUCCUACAAUGCUAGGGACUGUGGUGGUGGUGUGUUUGAGGUUUUCCCAGUGCAAGGUACUGUAUAUGGUUAUGGCAGAAGAACCUAUGUGGUUGACGUUGAUCUUGAAAAUCUCAUGUACAACUGCCAGUGCUGCAAGUUUUACAAGGAUGGAAUUCUUUGUUGCCACAUUAUGAAAGUGGUCCCUACCCCCUCCUGA